GGAGCGCAGUGACCGUGUGGUACCAUAACAACGUGGUUUUAUUGUAGUAGCCAAUACAUAUGUUCGGACCUCUGUUCGACACUAUUUACAAUGACAGCCCUUGAGGUAAAGCAGCAGCAACCAUCGCUCUAUUUAGAAGUUUGCUCCCAAAAUGAGGAACCUCGUCUUCCCCUGCACACCUCCAUCGUCCUGUUCCUUUUGUCCUACUGCGAGUGCAAGUCUUUCAAAGUUUUCCUGGUCUCCAGCAAGCCUAACAGCUCGAAGUCACUGAGCAGUCAGCUACCGGUGUCUCUGGAUGUGUCUGACAUCCAGCCAGAGGGUCUGCCCCCGCUGGUGCACGGCUGCCGUCUCCCUGCUGUUCUGGAUGAGACCAGAAGUCUCUGCAGGGCAGGACUCGCAGUGGUUCUGAGACAUAUCAUCAACAAAACCAUUGAGACCGACCCUUCCAGAAAUGAUGUAUUGGCACUGCUGGGCUUCAAGAAGACGUGUCUGAAGGCCUGUGCUGAGGUGAGUAAGUGGACCAGACUGUGUGAAAUUGGCAUCCCUUCUGCUGUUGAGGAGCACCUCCGAAAUCCCACCAAUCAAUAUCAGCAGCUGCCUCUCUCCAUUCUCACCCUUGAGAGAAGGCUAGCGGAGCCUGUCAAAGUCCACAACGAUGACAAGAUACGCAGACAGAAACUCCAGGAGCAGAGACAGAAUGAAAAGAACGAGUCCACCGAAGGCCAAGGGAACCUGGACUCCGAGUCUGGACAGUCACCUCGAGUCUGUGACGGACUUGAGCUUAGAGCAGCUUUGUCCAAACUGUCUGUGGAUUCAGUUCCAGCUUUAACCACCAGAGAGAACUCUGAGAUCAGGAAAGUGAAGACAACAGAUUUGCCUCCACUGGAGCAUGUGUUUGCUGAGGGAUUGUACUUCACUCUGACUGACGUGGUGCUCCUGCCCUGCAUUUAUCAGUAUCUGUGUUCCCUCCAAACCCACGCUGCGAGCACUCUACAUCAGCUCUCCCACAUCCUGCGCUGGUACAUUCGUGUUCAGGAGGUACCUGGGGUGCUUCGGGCAGCCAAGGCUUGUGGACUACUCCUGUCCAACCCCCUAGUUCCCACAUCCAGCCUCUCAGAGCCAUCUGCAGAGGACAGUCCAGCAAACCUGCUUGUAGAAGAGGAAGGCCAGGAGAUGACCACACAGAUUCCUUUUGUCGGCGGUCCCCGGCCCACAAUCACUAAACUCAAAGAAAAUGGCAUCGAGUCAGUCUUCGCUCCUCAUCCUUGCCCUUCCUGGACCCUCCCAUGGGACAGCUUACCAGGAGCUAUCAACCCCACUGAAGGGAAAAUGUCAAAUAUCCGUGCAGUCAGGAAGAUGCAACAGCUGAAUAACUUGGUUGCCAUGGUUACAGAGCUAGCCAGGCCAGGAUACACCAUUGUGGAUUUCUGCAGUGGAACGGGCCAUGUAGGGAUUGCUCUGGCUCACACACUUCCAGAUUGCCAGGUCAUCCUCAUAGAGAACAAAGAAGAGUCCUUGGUCAGGGCUCAGAGUCGCAGUGCCGAGCUGGGUCUGAAAAACAUUGGCUUCAUUCAGGCCAAUUUGGAUUACUUCACUGGACCGUUUCAGAUUGGGGUUGCCCUCCAUGCAUGUGGCGUUGCAACAGAUAUGGUGAUGGAGCACUGCAUCCAGGCAGGAGCUGCCUUUGUCAUUAGUCCUUGUUGCUACGGCUUCAUCCAGAAUGCAGUCAAGUUCAGAUUCCCCAAGAGCAAGCGGUUUGAAGAGACUCUGACCUAUAAGGAACACAUGAUCCUCUGUCGCUUCGCAGACCAAACUGCCGUCCAGCUCCCCCCUGAGAGGCGACUCAUCGGUAAACAGUGUAUGGGCUUGGUGGACUUGGAUCGGUCGUGGGCAGCAGAGACUCAUGGGUACUCGGUGCGGGUAAUGACUAUGGAGCCCGAAAGCUGUUCACCGAAGAACAACAUGCUGGUGGGAAGGCCGGCGCAGAGGAGCGGACAUGAAGUCAUCGCAGAAGUGGAAGCACCGGUGCAUAAUUAGGACUUCAAGCACUGGUGUACAGCGGAGCAUCUUCAGCCUGGUCAGGGUUUGAUAAAGCACCCAGCCUCUGUGGCUCCUGGCUGUAUUUUGACUAUUUUUCAUCCAACCUCAACGUUUUCUUUUUAUUUAUUUUUUUUUUUACAGGCCCAAUUUUGUAAGACGUAGCCUCGGGAAAUAAAACAAAUGUUUAUUAAAUCUGGACUAGAAAAAGUCAUCCUCUAAGAAAUUUGUCUCAGGCUAAGCGUAAAAAAAGCGGCAACGGUGGCAUGAGUUUUGGAUAAACAUGUGGACGUGCGCUACACCCUCCUUAGUUAAAUGCCCUCGAUUAUUGAGCGCUGUUGUCGAAGUGCAAGAGCUCGAGCCUCUCGCCGACUGCACUGUUAUGUUUGUGUCUUCGCCUAAACUGUGCGAUCAAGCUGUCAGUGUACACAGAAGCAGCGGGAAUUACACACCCACAUCCAGAGUUAAAUACACCAUACAUCCGCAUGCUGUUUUUGCAAAUAGUCUGUAUACAGCCUUCUGUGAUAACACUCAGAAGUCAGCUCCCUCUAAUUAACACAAGAAGGAGAUAUUCAGCUAAGACUCAUCUCCACUUAAAGGUGAGAUGGAGAAUUACUUCUAUCUCAUCUCACCUACCUCUCUACUGUGUGAGAGACUGAGAGAGAGAGAGGAGGAUACAGAGACGGGGAAAUUGGAUUCAAACUCGAAUCACAACAGCUAAAAUAUAGCAUUUGUCAUGGUUCUACAGAGAACUUGAUUAUUCUUCAUAAAGAAGCAGCGUGAAUAUGGUAUGCAUCCCGUAAUACGUUCAACACCAAUGAAUAUUUUAUGACGCUGGAGAAAAGGUCAGUGUGCUUGAUUAGACGCGCGGUGUUCAGAGCCUUGUAGCUGAAAAUCACACAAUACGCUCCAUAUUUCCAGUCCUGUGCUCUGUAGACACACUGUAGCCCCUUCAAGCUUUCAUUCUCGCAGGUGAAACUGGUCAUCUGUUUCUCUGAGAAAUCCCGCCUUGUCACCUUUGACAGUAUAUUGCAGCUGCUUGAAAAAUCCGAGGAGGUAGCGGGAGAGCCAGUUCGCCCGCUCUCACUGAAGGGAUAGACAAGAGAGAUGCAGGCUUUUCCAGCGUAAUGCUCAUCUAAAUUCAGUCAGCAGAGUCAAUCUAUCCCGAGGUGAAUGGCCACAGACACAGCUCCUUCCAAGGGCUGGAAUUAUUUCAAAAGGAGACGUCUGACUCCCUGUUCAUGCUUGUGGCUUUGCACAAGUGCAAAUUACAGAAAUACAUAUAGGUACAAAGGAGGAGAGAAGGAGUAGGUGGCACCACUUAAAGCUUGGAAGAGAAAAGGAGGAGAAUAUUGUGUGAAGUGGGUUGAUUCAACCCAAACACCCGGGGCUGGAAGGUGACUAGGCUGCUUUCUUUUGUUUAGGCAUAAUAGGUGAGUUAUGCCGGUUUAUUUGUGUCUCAAUGCCUUUCUUUACUAAUGAUUCGCCUCGUGAGGCAUUUCUAUGAGUACAUUAUAGAGUCAGAACUUAGCUGAAUACACUUUCAAUGGUGUAUUUAGCAGAUUGACCUUAAUACAAAAGUUAACAACAUGUAAGCUGAAUCUGAAGCAAGGUCUUCUUUAGCUUUUCAGAGGCAAAGUAUCUGGUGACGAAACAAACAUUACAUGCAUCAUAAAUUGCCAUUUUCUCAGUGAGAGUUUUUAUCCUGAUGAUCACGGUGUAAUUGUUUAUUGUAUAAUCUUCUCUGCUGAGCUCAGUUAAUGUUCAGAUUUUCUCUUCUGGAGGUUUUUAAAUUCAACUCUGAACAAUUGUGUUGCUACAUAGAAACUUCUCAGUCAUUGUUUUUAUUGACUUUAGUUAUUUCUCAUAAUUAAAAUUCUGCUCAUUUUUGUGUUUUUGCCAACCGUUUUCCAUCUCAUUAUGCUGCAGUUUUUUUUUCAUCUGCAACAGUUUGUUGCUCCAUAUCUGGGACCCCCUGACAAUGACAGUAUUUAUGUGUCCUCGGUUACUACGGCAGUCACUGAUACAAAAUACAAGCCUGUGUGAAAUGGACCUUUGUGUUGCCUUCCAUUAUCUUUAAUCUUAUGCCUGCUCUUUUAUAUUUAACUCGCAUUACCACCGAUAUAAUGUGCUUCAUUUGACUUGCAUAAUUUUCUAAUAAACAUAAUUUUUUAAAUAAAU